AUGGACAAGGGAGAAACCCCCACCUUCGUUACGUCGCGGAGGCAGGAGGUCAUUGAUCUAACGUUGGGCUCUUUCUCUAUAGCUCACAUGAUCUCAAACUGGAGAGUGUCUGAUGAACCGUCUCUUUCGGAUCACAGGCACAUUCUUUUCCAACUAAACCUGUCAUUCAAUGAACGGUUGGAUAAACCACCUUUGCUCUGCCGGAAAGCAGGGCAGGUGGAAGAGGCGGCGGCAAUGAUAAGCGACGCUAUAACGGCGUCGUUUGAAGACAGCUGCAAGCUGCGAACUGUUCGGGGAAUGAAGAGAACACCUUGGUGGAACUCGGACCUUGAAAAAGUUCGUAAAGAGGUUCGAAGGCUCUUUAACAGGGCCAUGCGUACUAAGUUACCUGCGGACUGGGAGGAUCACAAACUCGCACAGCGCAGGUAUAAAGACCACAUUCGACGGUCUAAACGGGGAUCGUGGAGGACUUUCUGUGGCAACAUGGAAGGGCUUCCCGAAGUUCAAAAACUUCGCUCUGGAGACUAUGUAACUUCGGAACCGCCAGAAGGUGCUACCCGGGUCGGUGCAAGGCCGAUCGACUGGAGAGUAGCUGCCGGGGUUGUUACCGAGGGAUCCUUGAGAUGGGCUAUCAAUACGUUUAGCCCAUUUAAGAGCGCAGGACCUGAUGGGAUAUUUCCGGCUCUUUUGCAAAAGGGCCUGGAACCAUUACUUCUGCACUUGUUGCACCUCUUUAGGGCCUCUGUGGCUUUGGGGUACAUCCCAUAA